AUUUACCAAAGCGAGUCGCAUGAUUAUCUCCACCUCUCCCAACCCUCAGAAAAAGUAAAUAAAUAAAUAAAAAAAGAAUAAUUCACUGGCGGCAAAUUUCUGAAAACUCUCCCGCCAAAUCUUGCCGCCAACAUCUUCUACACCUCGCCAUUUUCAAUUACAGAUAUAAACCCAUCAUUUUCCCCACUUCAUCAACUCUCUCACACAAAUUCCCCCAGCGAGAAAUACCUCAAUCAACCAUGGUGGUCCCUGCAGAAAAAGCUACCGGAAUCCAGCCCUGCAAAUUCUACGGCAGCAGCCUCCCUCGUCCUCGAAUCUACACCAACCCACAGUUCAACGACGAGCGGAUCGAUCCUCCGUUGUCGGUUGCCGAUCCGCUUCUCUCCUGGGCGAAGGAAGCUCACUGGUCCAUGGGUGGACUCAGCGUCAAUCGCCUCCGUCUACAGGGCCGAAUCGAGGGAAACAUCAACAAGCUCCGCAUCCAGAGAGAGAAGCUCGAGAAGAAGAAAAGCCCCAAAGCAAAAAAGAGAUCGUGUCGGGUUCAAAAGAGGGUCGGGUCGGAAUCGCAGCCGCCGGCUCCAGUUGCUGUGAAAAGGCGGAGGUUGUUGGAUUUGAACGGGGAAGAUGAUGAAAUUGACGGCGAGGUGGAGAAGCGAGUGAAGGGGAUUGUUAGGAAGCUUGGAGAGGAUUUUGAUCGAGUGGCGGAUCAGAAAGAGAGGGGAAAGGUUAGGGUUAAGAUGAGUAGAGGUGAAGUUAACGGCGAUGAGGGGAAGAAAGUGGGGAAGGAGAAGAGUAGGAUCAGAAAAUCUCCGAGACUGGCAAAGUUGAGAGAGAGUUGAAAUUGAUCAGUUAGGUUUCGGAGCUGGAAGGGUGUCGGCCAUGGCGGAUUUGCGAUGAUGAAUCACUGUUUUUCUUGAAUUUUUAGGAGUUUUUGUUUUUUCGAAGUUCUUAGUAAUGGAGAAAUGUGAGAUUUUCUUGUACAUUUCUGUUAUUAAUUAAAUAGUAAA